UUUCGCGCAACCGCCAGCAUUCGCGACCUAUACAUCCACAGCCCAGGCUCCUUUACCAACCAGAUCAGGUUACAUCAUCCCGAUCAUUAGACUUUGAGCCACCGCCUUUCCUCUUGUCUUGUGAGUUAAAUGUCACGAUUCGGCCCUUCAAUGUUAGGCACCCCAUACAGCAAGGCCGAGUAAUGAAGCCGUACUACGAUUAUGGCACUGCCUCACACCUUGCCGACUUACGGUCGCAUUAACGCGACUUGAUUCGCGCCUACGGUCCGACACCGUGCUUCUUGGAUGCGGCAUAUCGUGGUUAUCGACAAAUUGGAAUGAUGGAUGGCCUAACGUCUUCAUAACAAAGAAAUCCUCGCCGAUGAGUUCGACAUCCCCUCAAAACGUCGCGCAUUGUCCAAUUCGCGUAUCAGACUCUAUAUCGUGAUCGUUCGAGUCUCAACAUUGGCUUGUCCCAACAUGCGCGGAGAUUUGCUGUCGUCAGCAUGUCUGCUCCUCGCAACUACACUACCAGCACACGCCGCUUUCUCUGAAUUCUUCUUCGCGGGUAACAAUGGAACAAGCGCUCUAAAGACCUGUCCCGAAUCCUUGCUCGAAUGUGCUCCUCCAUCAGUCUGUUCAUUUGACGACCGAACUCAGAAGUAUUAUUGUUGCGAACCUGGAAAAACAGACGCCGUUUGCUGGGGGCCUAAUUCAGGCUGCGAUGGAGGAGACAGUACUACUCCUUCAGGUGGCCAACAAGCCUGUUCAUCGGAACCCAACACCUUUUGUUGUUUAAAAUCAAGUGAGACCUGCACGGAAACAGCAGACCAAAUUAACAUCUGCUGGAGCCAACUGGACAAUCCGAUCGCCUCUCUAAAUGCGACCGCCGUAAAUGCAACAGCGCAAUCACUUGAAUCAAUUCGACCAUCUGCAGCUACAUACGCAGUCGACCUGUCUGCUCUACAAACGCUCACAUCAACCGCCGCUGCUUCGUCAUCACAUAACCCAAGCGCGUCAGGACAACAGCCCGCCGCUACCACAACGUCAUCUAUAUUGUCUCAAACAACGGCCUCGCACUCUGAGGCAACUUCCAAUAAUAGCAGCACAGACGGAGGUCUAUCAAGUGACGCGAUAGGCGGCGUGGUUGGUGGGUUGGUGGGUGGACUGGCUCUACUCGGUCUGGCUGGGUUUUUCUUUUGGCGCAGAUUGAAGAAUGGCAAACGCAAUCCCUACAAGCCGGCGAAUUUACACAAUUCAGCCACACACUCAGUUGGUUAUCCAAGUGAGAUGGACUCAAACCAUAUCUACACGUCAUCACCAGCGACUGAAAAAUACGGAUAUGCAGUCACUCCUGUGUCAGAAGUGGCCGCAGAUCGAGCACCAGCAGAGCUCCCAGAAACUUCGCCGCACAGCAGAUAGACGGAGCGACUUAAUAAUAAGUUGGAGGCCGCAUCGUAGAAAGCAGCGCAUGUUGCACCGCAAUCACGCCUUUGAUAUUCGACUCUAUGAGACUGCACGUCAAAUUUCACCAUCAGUCGUUCUUUGUACACCUCAGUAAUCGCGCACACAAGAUCACUCUGUCCUCAAAUAUGUUUCAACGAAGGUCACAAACAACCGCUUUGAAAUUAUCCGUCUUCAGAUGUGAAACCUGUUAGUAAGCUCUUGUGGGCACAGAAGUGAUAUGACCGAUCGCGACAGCAGGCCAUUACAUAACUAC